GACCCUUCGGGGAGGGUCUACCGAAUCGGCGCCGACGGUCGUAUCGACAUCCUUUUGCGAAACUGCCCUUCGCCAAAUGGAUUGGUCCUGGACGCUCUUCAGACCAGCCUAUUUGUCGCCAUGACCGGAGAUAAUAGCGUCUGGCUCGGACCUCUAUAUCCCGAUGGUAGUGUGCAGCGCACUGGUCGUUUCUCAACCUAUUUCGGUGUAGGUGGCCCUGACGGUAUGACUACGGACAGCGAAGGCAACAUCUUCGUCGCACACUCCACACUAGGCACCGUUUUUGUGCAUCAAAAGGACGGAACCCUCAUGAUAUGCAUUACCACGGGACAUAUCGGAUAUGGAACAAUCAAUCUUUCGUGA